GCGGGGGCGCCGCAGCGAGGCGCGCGGGCCGAGCGGGAGCGGCGGAGCCCAUCUUGCUGCCGCUCGGCGGCCGCGCUCGGGGAGGAGGGCCCUAACCCGGCGUGCGGCCAAUCCGGGCGGGCGCUGACGGCGAGCAGGGCAGAAUGGGCUGUAGUUUAGUGAAAUAGGAAAGCUGCAAACAGUGUGGAGUGUUCCUGGUGUAAAUAAAAGGGGAAAAAAAAAGUUUCUGCAAGUCGCAGCUCUGCAGCCUCGCUCAGACACUGGCACGGGGGUUUGUGCUUUGCAAAAAACCAACACACUGGACUUUAUUGUGCUGCGUUAACACGCUCUUCCUAUUGUUUGUGGUUUUUUCAAAAUAUGGCAAAGGUUCAGGUGAACAAUGUAGUGGUGUUGGAUAAUCCUUCUCCUUUCUACAAUCCUUUCCAAUUCGAAAUCACAUUUGAGUGCAUAGAGGACCUGUCUGAAGAUUUGGAAUGGAAGAUAAUUUAUGUGGGUUCAGCUGAAAGUGAAGAGUAUGAUCAGGUGUUAGACUCUGUUUUAGUAGGACCUGUUCCUGCGGGCAGACACAUGUUUGUAUUUCAGGCUGAUGCACCUAACCCAGGGCUUAUUCCAGAUGCAGAUGCAGUAGGUGUAACAGUUGUGCUAAUUACAUGCACCUAUCGAGGUCAAGAAUUUAUUAGAGUCGGCUACUAUGUAAACAAUGAAUAUACUGAAACAGAACUGAGAGAGAAUCCACCAGUAAAGCCAGAUUUUUCUAAGCUUCAAAGGAAUAUUUUGGCAUCUAAUCCCAGAGUUACAAGAUUCCACAUUAAUUGGGAGGACAACACUGAAAAACUGGAAGAUGCAGAGAGCAGUAACCCAAAUCUACAGUCACUGCUUUCUACAGAUGCAUUACCUUCAGCAUCAAAGGGGUGGUCAACAUCAGAAAAUUCAUUAAAUGUUAUGUUAGAAUCUCACAUGGACUGCAUGUGACUGACCACCAUCGUUUUGGUACUGUACAUGUGUUAAACUGUAAAAACAAACAGAACUAUUUCCCUCAAAUUCCAUAAGUACAUAGUUGACAAGCAAUGUGAAGAACUUGUUUUAAAACAUCCUGUAGAAAGUUUAUAAAAAAAGAAAACAAAACAAAAAAACCCAACAACAAACAGUAUUUGAGCAAAUUGUGGAAUAUAAAUACAACUAUUUUUAAGUAA